CUGGAGCCCAGAGGAAGAGGGCGGGGGAGAGAUCUGUUGAUCCAACUCCAUAGGCACAGCCCUGUGAGACCCCAGAGCAGCAGUUCACUUGCCAGUGUGCACUCUUGGCUGGCAGAGACUCUCGCUGUGGACUCGGUUGCACGGCGCCUGGAAGUUCUGAUUCCAAAGCCCGGCUCUUCCCAAGGAGGACGAAAACCAAGGAGCGGUAAUCUGAUCUGGUGUGACUGAGGGAGUAAAGGGACUGCAGCAAAGGAGUGGAUAGAGGAUUCCCACUUAUCCAACAUCACCAAUGGGAUACUCAGGAUCUCCUUUAAUGUCAACAAUGUCAGGGUGCCCAGGAACACAAGUGAAAGAACAGAUCAGUUCUCAGAUGACUUGCCAAGGUCUGAUUUUGAGUGUGAUCUUUAUCAUGCUCUGCAGGGCAGAAGCAGACACAGUGAUACAGAAAAAAGUGGUGGAGGUGGGUGGCAAUGUGACCUUGAGCUGCCUCCUGGUGGGAUCUCAUGACAUUCUGCAAGUUACAUGGCAGAAGACGAAUACUAGAAAGAAUUUGGCUACAUACAGUGUAUCUAAAGGAGUAACUGUUGCUGAAACAUACCGAGGUCGAUUAAAUUUCACACGCCUGUCACUAAAUGAUACGGCCAUCACCCUCUGGAGAGUUGGAAUCCAGGAUGACGGAUGUUACACAUGCCUCUUUAAUACCUUUCCCACCGGAGCCAUCCCUCAAGACACCUGCUUGACUGUCUAUGAGCAGCUCAGAGGAUCUGUCCAUUAUAUAAUCUCUGAAGGUAACUUGACAGCCACCUGUUCUGCUAAUGCCUGGCCUCGUCCUGUGAUCUCCUGGAUUGUGCCAAAAGCUGAGAGUGAAAAGACAGAAGAGGUGGUCAUGCACCCCAAUGGAACAGUGUCCGUCAUCAGCAAACUCCAUGUCAACCGUUCUACAAGCCUGGCUGGGCAAUCGCUGAUCUGCAGAGUACGGCACAUGGAGAAAGAUAGAGAUUACAGGGUGAAAGUGGAAGAGGGCCGGUGGUUUUCAGUUUCUUGGUUGCUGGCCACAGUGGCCCUACUCAUAGUGUUCGUUGUGUUGGUUCUGACUGUUGUGUGCUGGAGAAGAUGCAGGAAAAAGCAAAGUGGAUUGAAACCUGAGCUCCUCAAGUGUCUGUUCAUAUGUCCUGGAGGACAGGACACUGGGUGGGAUGCAGGAGAACCAAGUUCAAGAAUCUAGAGCAUCUUAACCCAUCUACUGGAUCAUUCCUCGGCAAACCUGAUUCAGCAUUAGCAGCAGUGACCUGGCAUGGCCUGAAAGUUACAUCAAUAAAAGGGAAGUGUGUUCCAACCUAGACUCAGUAGCU